AUGCCAAAUCAGAUAGUUACAAAAGAGGAGAAUGAAUAUGACAAUGUAGAUAACGCCUCUAAUGGGGAUAAACGUAUCCCUAUUACUUGGAUUUAUGAUAUUGAAGAAGGGGAAAUCGUCAGUGACGAUGUCAAUGCUCCUAUGCCCCCGAUGGAUGCAAAACCCGAUGAUGACACCACCGCCUUUGUUGACAAGAACAAAAUUAAAUAUCUAGGCAUGCCUACUCAUCAUCCACCGGCAACUUGGGACUCCCAAUUGCUGCACAAUUAUUUCGACACGAGGGAAGGUCUUGGUUUCGUAGAUCCUACAAUCCUUUCAUCAUUACAGGAAAUUACAACCACUCCUGAUAAUGGUUCUUUGAUUGGGUUUGAGAUUAACUCGAAUAAUCGACUGUUGGUAGACAUACUUGGUAUAAAUGGUGAGAAUAAUGUUCCUUAA